AAAAUCUAUCCCAGGGAGAUGGCGCCUCCGGCGGGCGGCGCGGCGGACCCGGACCCGGGCUCGGCCGUGGUGCUCCUUGCCGUACACGCCGCGGUGAGGCCGCUGGGCGCGGGGCCGGACACCGAGGCGCAGCUGCGGAGGCUGCAGCUGAGCGCGGACCCCGAGCGGCCCGGGCGCUUCCGGCUGGAGCUGCUGGGCGCGGGGCCCGGGGCGGUCAAUUUGGAGUGGCCCUUGGAGUCAGUCUCCUACACCGUCCGAGGCCCCAGCCAGCAUGAGCUGCAGCCUCCACCUGGAGGGCCUGGGACCCUCAGCCUGCACUUCCCCAAUCCUCAGGAAGCUCAGCGGUGGGCAGCCCUGGUCCGAGGUGCCACCGUGGAGGGACAGAAUGGCAGUGACAGCCUGCCCCCAGCCCUGGGCCCAGAAACGUGCCCUGUUUCUCUACCCAGUCCCCCUCCACCCAGUCCCCCUGAAGUGCCCACAGCCAAGGUCCCCCAACCCAAGGUGGAUCUGCCCUGGAGCCCUGGAGACUUGAUGGAGAAAGAAGAGCUGGUGGGGCGCCUGGCCCGGGCCAUCGAAGGUGGGGAUAAGAAGGGGGCGGCUCAGACAGCAGCCAUCCUGGCCCAGCAUCAUGUGGCCCUUAGGGUCCAACUCCAGGAGGCCUGCUUCCCUCCUGGCCCCAUCAGGCUACAGGUCACAGUUGAAGACGCUGCAUCCUCUGCUCACGUCUCGCUGCAGGUACACCCCCACUGCACCAUCGCGGCCCUCCAGGAGCAGGUGUUCUCGGAGUUUGGCUUCCCGCCCGCUGUGCAGCGCUGGGUCAUUGGGCGGUGUAUGUGUGUGCCCGAGUGCAGCCUUGCUUCCUAUGGCAUCCAGCGGGACGGGGACCCUGCUUUCCUUUACCUGCUCUCAGCCCCUCGAGAAGCCCCAGGUCGCAGCACUCAGCGCCCCCAGAAGGUGGAUGGGGAACUAGGCCGCUUGUUUCCUCAGUCACUGGGGCUGCCUCGAGCCCCUCAGCCAGCCAGCUCCAGCCUCCCCAGCCCCCUUCAGCCUGGCUGGUCCUGCCCUUCCUGCACCUUCAUCAAUGCCCCAAGCAGACCUGGCUGUGAGAUGUGUAGCACCCAGAGGCCUUGCACUUGGGACCCCCUUCCCUCAGCCUCCACCCAGCAGCCACCAAAGGUCACAAAGAGAGAGGAUGGCCCGUUCCUUCCAAGCCCAAGGUCCCUGGACCCCCUCCUGAACCUCUCAGGGGACCUCUGCUGACUGCUCUCUGGGGACAGAGCCAGGGUUGGGGGAGGGGCCACCAGAGUCAUUAAAGACACUUCUGAGCCAGC